AUGAUGACGAGUGGUAACAAACUACCGGAGACAAAGACAGAUGGAGAAAUAAUGGUUCCAACGAAACCCAUUCUAAAUUCAACUUGCAUAAAUACGGCCUGUUAUUUUGCAGCAGGUCAUCGGCAUCACUGCAGUACUUCAAAUGAACCUUCCCGAAAGUUAAGGCAGGGAGUUUCCAGUUGUCUAGAAGAGUGGUUGGUCAUUUGUUGUGAGUUGUUGAGUUGGACUUACAUGGAACUGGAAAAUCUUGAUAACAGCAGUAUCGAUGUAGAAUUGCACCAAUUUUUGGAAGUUAAUGGUACAGGAAACAAUAUUAGAUAUCGUUUGGGAACAAAUUCACUCAGAAUCUUGAUGAAAUGGAUGAUUUGUUGUACUGAACGAUGGUGA